AGAAGGCGGAAGCUAUCGACCGGAAGUGACGCGCGGCUCGGGCGGAAGCGCCCACCCAGCCGCCGCCAUUUUGUCAGGCGCUGAGGCAAUGGCGCAGCCGCCCCCGGGGGUCCUCGGCGCGCCGGAAGUGACGUGCGGAGAAAAAGGGCCGCCACCGGAAGUGGUAGAACCCGGAUGGAGGGGACUGGCGGAAAAGGGGAAUGGGGGCAGCCAACCAAUGGGAGGAGGCGGCGGGGAAAGUGGGCGGGUCCAAGCGGUAGGAGGAGCCAAUGGGGAGAGUGGGAGGGUCCUCGCGGUGGGAGGAGCCAAUGAGGAAAGUGGGGGAGGCCAAGCGAUGGGAGGAGCCAUUGGGGUGACCCCGCCAAUGGGAGGAGCCAGUGGGGAAAGUGGGCGGGCCCAAGAGGUGGGAGGAACCAAUGGGGAAAGUGGGCGGGUCCUCGGGGUGGGCGGAGCCACCGUGGGGACCCCGCCAAUGGGAGGCGCUACAGGGGGGGCUCUGCCAAUGGGAGGAGCCAAUGGGGAAAGUGGGCGGGCCCAAGCGAUGGCAGGAGCCAAUGGGGAGAGUGGGCGGAUCCUUGAGGUGGGCGGAGCCAGUGUGGGGACCCCACCAAUGGGAAGCGCUGCUGGGGGCGGCCCACCAGUGGGAGGAGCCAAUGGGGAAAGUCGAUGGAUCCUUGAGGUGGGCGGAGCCAGUGUGGGGACCCCACCAAUGGGAAACGCUGCUGGGCAAAGUGGGCGGGAUCAGGAGGGGGGUGGAGCCACUGUGGGGAUCCCACCAAUGGGAGGCGCUACAGGGGUGACCCCACCAAUGGGAGGCGGCAGUGGGCAUAGUGGGCGGGAUCAGGAGGUGGGCGGAGCCACCGUGGGUAUCCCACCAAUGGGAAGCGCUGCCGGGGGCGGCCCACCAAUGGGAGGAGCCAGUGGGGAAAGUGGGCGGGUCCUUGGGGUGGGCGGAACCACCAUAGGGACCCCACCAAUGGGAAGCUCUGCCGGGGGCGGCCCACCAAUGGGAGGAGUCUGUGGUGGAAGUGGGCGGGACCAGCCGACAGGAGCAGCCAAUGAGGGGAGCGGGCGGAUUUUCGAGGUGGGCGGAGCCACGGUGGGGAACCCACCAAUGGGAAGCGGCGUUGUGCAAAGCGGGCGGGCCGAAACUCUUCCGGGAGCCAAUGAGAGCGACGGGGGCGUCGUUAAUGAGCCGGACGUUAACGAGGCCGGCGUUAACGAGGCUGCGCUGUGGGCGGAGUUGGAGGCGGAGCUUCGGAGGUGUCCCGGAGGCCCCGCCCCCCCCGCCCUCUGGGCUCUGGUGGCUCAGCCUGCGGCUCCCAGCCGGAAGUGCCGCUUCGUGGACGGGGCUGCGCUGCUGAGAGGCGACGGAAAGGGGGGCCCGCAGGCUGCGGGGCGGACGCUGCGCGUGCUGGAGAAAUGCGGCAGGAAUUUACUGCACUUCCGGCCCCCCCCCGCCUGGCAGCGCCUGCGCUGCCCCAGCCCGGCCCUGCGCCCCGACCCCCCCGUCAUCCAGGUUCGUUAGCGCUAAUUAGCGCUAAUUAACGCCGCCUCACCCCGGCCCUCCUGUUGGCCUGGGCCUGGGGAUGCGCCUGGCCACACCCCCCUUUUCCCCCUAGGCCACGCCCCCUUUUCCUCCAGGCCAC